CUUAUGUGAUUGUUUGUGGACAUAUUUACCGAAAAAUUAGCCGAUCAAUACUUCAAUUUUUUAUUUUUUUGGUUUACGUUUUUGUUUAUCACGAAUUGAACUGAACUGAUUGAAUCCAGUACUUGGCGUAUUUAGAUAUAUAUAAAACAUUCAGAAGAAAGCAAAAUCAAGUAUAACAAACAUCUAAAUCAAUAAAAUGGUCGACCCCAAUGAUCAGAGUAUAGUCGAUGCAAUGAUAAAUUCUUUUAAUAACAGUUUACAAAUAAGCGAUCGACAACAAGAGCUAAUGUGCUUGGCUCAGGAUGAAUUCGGCUUACAACAAGACCGGGACCACGUAUUCAGACUUGUAGACGGCAUAGACAAAAUAAAACCGAUUUUGGACUCUACCGACCAAAGCACCAAAAGAUUGACAAUCAUUUGUAACAUGCAAAACUUUUGGGUCACACUGAUUAUAGACUAUGAAAACGCUAUAACGUAUUACACAGACACUAGGAAUCAGAAAAUGGAUGAAAGUUUGAAACAGAUAGUCACAGAUCACGUCCCAGAUGGACAAAUAGCUAAUCUACAGCUCGGCAAUGCGGCGUACGCGCUUGUUAAUGCCAGAUUAAUUAACAAAAGGCUGGAUAGCAAACAGCCCGUUGCCGAAGGUCUUUACAAAGAAAUUAACGAUUCAGUUCAAAUAGUCUUGCAGAAGCUCAAUACGCUAUUGACAUAUAUGAAGCCAUUAGGCGAAGCCACUUAUAUUAAUGGUAGGAACGCUAAUAUUUUGGUAUAUUUUCUCGAAACAGUGGCCUUACAAGACAUGAAACUUCGUGACGAGAACGGUGUGAAGCUUAAUCUAGAUCGAAUUAUCAACAAAACUGAUACGGAUCGCGUCGUUUCCAUCAGAAACUAUUUGGUUCAUAGAAAACUAAAUGCCAAUACAAAAACAUUCAAUUGGAUAGAGCCUGCAGACUUAAAUGGUCUUCUCGAAUAUAGCAAUCGUAAGAGUACCAACAUAUUUGUUUUACUACAAACAUACUUAACGCACAUCAAACAGCAACUACACGACGAGUUCACCGAGGGACCAGAUAAUUUAAAAACACCUAGUAUGCUAUUUAAGAAGCAGUUCGAUAUAGGAACAGCGAUAGACAAAGAUGAAUGCGAGAAAAGAGUCACGUCUUUCGUGAGGACCGCGAUGUCGGAAGCUUACGAUAAAAAGAGAUUAAAAUCAAAUAACGCUAGAGAACAAAUAUUUGAAUUCAUCAUAAACGUUGUGCCCUAUAUGAAGCUACAGAAGAAUAAUAUAUUAAAAAUUUUAGGGACCGAGAGAAAUGAUCAAAUUCACGUCUUUUACCAGUACGUCAACAAUGAAUCAGAAUUGGCGUUUGCUUUCAGACACUACAUGCGCCAAAACAGAAAAAAUCUCUACGCUUUUUGUUUAAGUAAAAUAGUAGGUGAUUUACUAAGCAAAUCUGGAAACACAUUUGAUCAUAUAAUACAGGUCAAAACGGAUGUUGACACAGUAAAAGAAGCAUUAACGAAUAGUUCCUGUCAAUUAUUCAAGAUCGGAUACGGAAGUGACGUUGGAGAUAUCAGUUAUAACGUUGCCGAUAAAGUUACAGAGUUGCUUAAUUUAUUAUUCUUUACCGAUAACGAAUCGGCAGUUCAGGAUCGAAUAAGGAAUCAACAAAAGGCAGUACGCGUUAAAGGCCGACACAUUGAUCUGACUGCUGAUGAUCGCGAAAAUUUGAUAAGUUUCAUAAAAUAUCUCCAAGAACAAUAUGCCAUAUUGAUUUCAAAUCAUAGUGAAAACUCAGAAGAGUUCAAAAGUAACUGGCAUAAUAACCUAAAAAUUAAAUAUGAAAAAGAAUUCAGAAAUAAUUACGGUAUAAUGGGUGGACAUUUAAAGCUGUUAUUUUUGUAUAUUGAACAAAAAUUGCAGAUUAUCGACACCGUUUAUUGGUACAAUCAAAUAGGACAGAUAUUGAUCGAAAAUGUGCAAGCACUUGUUGAUUUCAAAACAAUAAACAACAUGAAUAUUAAAGAUGUUAUUAUUUUGUAUAAAGAUAAAAAUAAUAGCACAUUAUCUAAUGGCGUAGUCUUAAAGCACGGUAAAGUAAACUUGUCACUUUAUGAUCGUGAAACAAAAAUAAUACACAUACAAACUAUAUGCAUUACGAGAUUGACGUCUGUCAUACUUGAAAUGCUGUUUAAUGAUGACGUUUUUAAAAAUAUCCAAGAUGCAUUCAACGAUGAAAACUUUUUAGAUUAUCUAGAGAUAAACAAUUUACAGCAACCCGUAUUUCUGAAUGAUUAUCCGGACUUUGUAGUGCCUUACAUGGGAAGAUUAUUGAACAAGAGCUACACGAAUUUUCAAACAUUCAAUGUUUUAUACCCGAAAGAUUUGACGCUGCAGGAACGAAGGGAGAAAGUCCUAAGAAAAUUAAUGGAACCAAAUUUCAAACAUCAUUUGUACGGAUUUAUGUGCAAAGAUUUUCCUUUAUAUUGGAAAAUCGCAACGAGCAUAAUAUUAAAAAAAAACAAUGCAAACUCAGGAAAACAACUGGAGGCUUUAGUAGAAGUGACGAAGAAGUGGAUUAAUAAAAAUCAAAAACAUAACAAAGAGAUGUAUAUCGAUUUUCUAAAUAUACAAGAAGAUCUCAAUUUAGAAUUGUAUAAUGACCUUGCAUACGCUUUGAAUGAAUUACGCAAGUUAAUAGAUGAAAAUCAAAGGGAGAAAAAUCAAAGACGUCACACUAUUACCCAAGCAUAGUAAAGUUGUUAUCAAUUUUCAUAAAAUAAAAAAAAAUACCUACACUAUUGAUCUUAAAACUUACACUGAAAUUUAAAUAUUAAUGAUAGGUGCAUUCCAAAUAUCAAUCCGUUUCACUAAUUUUAUGACAAAAAAAAACAAAUAUGUACAUUUUUUUUAAAGGCGAAUUAAAUAAGCUAUUGAAUUUACUAUCCAUCUUUUUUCAUAUUACUAUUCAGUAACCACUUCCUUUACUAAUGGCGAAUAUUCCACGUAAUUCAAUUCCUGUCGACUUAUCUUUGAAACUUAGGCAUUGCCUAAAAUUGCCUACUGUCAAAAGUUUCAUAAAGAAAGUUAUAAAGCAUCGC